AUCCACAAAGAACAACAACACGUGGCCUUUUCUCAAUUCAGUGACGAAGCUUACUCUCCUCACUCCAUCUUCUUCCUCCUCCUCCCCCUGAAACCAAAACCAUACCACCCAACUACCAACACUUUUUCAAUUCAUGUCAACCUGAAUCCGCAUUGAACAACAGCAUGCCAUUGCGUAACCGUUUUCUCAACUUCUGAAAACGAUCUCGUAACAGAAAUGACCCUUUCACCCUCUCUCUCUGUACCCAACCCUUCCCCUUUCCCCCCAACGCUUCUCAGCCCCCAAACCACCUUCCGCCACCUCUUCUUCACCUUCUCCAAACCCAAACCUCACUGGCGAUUCCAUUUCCAAGCACGUGCCAAUUCCAAGGAACUUAUCCCAGUAAACCCGUCGGUGACGGUAGAAAAAGGAAAGUACAGUUACGACGUAGAAACCCUAAUCAACAGACUAAUCACCUUGGCGCCACGUGGCAGCAUCGCCCGUUGCCUCGACCCCUUCAAGAACAAGCUAUCCCUCAACGACUUUGCGCUCGUUUUCAAAGAGUUCGCACAGCGCGGCGAUUGGCAACGCUCGCUGCGACUCUUCAAAUACAUGCAGCGUCAGAUAUGGUGCAAACCCAAUGAACAUAUAUACACAAUCAUGAUCACUCUCUUAGGCAGAGAGGGCUUGCUCGAUAAGUGCCGCGAGGUGUUCGACGAAAUGCCCUCAAACGGCGUCGUUCGCACUGUCUUCGCAUACACCGCCAUCAUCAAUGCUUAUGGUCGCAACGGUCAGUUUCAGGCAUCGCUUGAGCUUCUUGAUAGAAUGAAGCGGGAGAGGGUUUCUCCCAGUAUUUUGACUUAUAACACUGUGAUUAAUGCUUGUGCUAGGGGUGGUUUGGAUUGGGAGGGGUUGUUAGGGUUGUUUGCUGAAAUGAGGCAUGAAGGGGUUCAACCUGAUGUUAUUACGUAUAAUACUUUACUUAGUGCGUGUGCUCAUAGGGGAUUAGGUGAUGAGGCUGAAAUGGUGUUUAGGACGAUGAAUGAAGGCGGGGUAGUUCCUGAUAUUAACACUUAUAGUUAUGUUGUUCAGACAUUUCGUAGGUUGAAUAAGCUUGAGAAGGUUUCUGAGCUUCUUAGGGAAAUGGAGUCAGGGGGUAAUUUGCCCGAUAUUAGUUCGUAUAAUGUGCUGUUAGAGGCUUAUGCUGAGCUGGGGUCCAUUAGAGAGGCAAUAGGGGUGUUUCGGCAGAUGCAGGCUGCAGGGUGUGUGCCGAAUGCGGCCACAUAUAGUAUUUUGUUGAAUUUGUAUGGGAAGCAUGGGAGGUAUGAUGAUGUUCGCGAUCUUUUUCUUGAAAUGAAAGUGAGCAACACGGACCCUGAUGCUGGGACUUAUAAUAUUCUCAUACAGGUAUUUGGGGAGGGUGGAUACUUUAAGGAAGUAGUCACUUUGUUUCAUGACAUGGUGGAGGAGAACAUUGAGCCCAACAUGGAGACUUAUGAGGGUUUGAUAUUUGCUUGUGGGAAGGGAGGGCUCUAUGAAGAUGCAAAGAAAAUUUUAUCUCAUAUGAAUGAAAAAGGAAUAGUGCCAAGUUCCAAGGCUUACACUGGGGUAAUUGAAGCGUUUGGGCAGGCUGCACUGUAUGAAGAGGCUCUAGUUGCAUUUAACACCAUGAAUGAAGUUGGGAGCAACCCAACUGUGGAGACCUACAGUUCACUUGUUCAUGCAUGUGCAAGGGGGGGAUUGUACAAAGAAGUGGAAGCAAUUUUAUUCAGGCUGAAUGAGUCUGGUUUACAACGGGAUGUGCAUUUGUUCAAUGGUGUGAUUGAAGCUUUUCGGCAAGGAGGUCAGCAUGAAGAGGCUGUAAAAGCUUAUGUUGAGAUGGAAAAGGCAAACUGUGAACCAAAUGAGCUGACACUUGAAGCAGUGCUAAGCAUAUACUGCUCUGCUGGGCUUGUUGAAGAGAGUGAGGAGCAGUUCCAAGAAAUUAAAGCUUCAGGAAUUCUGCCUAGUGUCAUGUGCUACUGCAUGAUGCUAGCUCUUUAUGCAAAGAAUGACAGGUCAAAUGAUGCCUAUAAUCUAAUUGAUGAGAUGAUCAGAAUGAGGGUGUCAGAUAUUCAUCAAGUGAUUGGACAAAUGAUUAAGGGAGAUUUUGAUGAUGAAUCUAAUUGGCAGAUUGUGGAGUAUGUCUUUGACAAACUCAAUUCUGAAGGAUGUGGAUUGGGAAUGAGGUUCUACAAUGCACUAUUAGAAGCUCUUUGGUGGAUGUUCCAGAGAGAAAGGGCUGCAAGAGUGCUCAAAGAAGCAUCAAAGCGAGGGCUUUUCCCUGAACUUUUUCGCAGUAGUAAACUUGUGUGGUCUGUGGAUGUGCACAGGAUGUCGGAAGGUGGUGCAUUAACAGCACUAUCAAUUUGGCUGAACAAUAUGCAGGAAAUGUUCAUGAGUGGCGAGGAUCUUCCUGAGCUAGCAACAGUUGUUGUGGUUCGGGGUUUCAUGGAGAAAAGCACAGAUAGCCAAGAUUUCCCUAUCGCAAAGGCUGCCAUUUCAUUCUUGCAGGAUAACGUUUCAUCAUCCUUUGCUUUCCCUGGAUGGAACAAAGGACGCAUUGUUUGUCAGCAGUCACAACUGAGACGAAUUCUGUCGGGCACUGAAUCAUCUUCCAGUAGUAAAAAUUUGCAUAAUUUAAUAUCUUUAAGUAAUACUCCGUUGACUAUUCCAGGAGCAAUAACAUCCAAAGUGCAAAGUGGUAAAGCUAAUGAUCUUGAUUCUAGAACAGAUAGUACGAGAACAGAGCUUCUAACUAGUGCAGUUUAGAUUAGAGAAAUAUAGAAAUUACAUUUAGUUUAUUUGAAAUUAAGAUUUUUUUUUGUCAUUAUUUGAAAUUGAGAUUGGGGCACAUAUUUGUUACACUGAUAUUCCCGAGUGGGCUGGCUUUCAGAUCGCCAAAAUUUUGGUAUAUAUAUUCUCUCAAGGUCUCUGAAGAAGCUCAAUUGGCUAUGGGCACCAAAUUUUGGUAUAUAUAUAUAUGUUGGUUUCCUAAUUCCGCAUAGAAAUAGAAACGUCACAAAAAUUU